GAGGCGGAGCGCGCUCAUUCCAGCCCUGAGGGGGCCGAGACCGAGAAGUGUGCGGAAAAGGACUGCUGGCCCCGCCCCUCGGACCCUACCCUUCGGAGGCCGGCGUUUCCCGCUCUGAGGGGUCCUCUGCCGCCGUCGCGGCCGCCACCUGGAUUCUUCAGGCUCCAGGUUUCCCUGCUAACCACGAGGAGUCCAGGGAGGAAAAGCGGAGCCUAGGUGCCAAUAACCCACACUUCCCGCGUCUCUUCCAGCCCGAGAUCGCCCCGGCAGGGAUGGGCGACAAGAUCUGGCUGCCCUGCCCGGUGCUCCUCCUGGCCACUCUGUUCUCAGUGCUGCUGCCGGCGGCGGCCGGCUUCACGCCCUCCUUAGACAGCGACUUCACGUUUACCCUUCCGGCCGGCCAGAAGGAGUGUUUCUACCAGCCCAUGCCCCUGAAGGCGUCGCUGGAGAUUGAGUACCAAGUUUUAGAUGGAGCAGGAUUAGAUAUUGAUUUCCAUCUUGCCUCUCCAGAAGGAAGAACCUUAGUUUUUGAACAAAGAAAAUCAGAUGGAGUUCACACGGUAGAGACUGAAGAUGGUGACUACAUGUUCUGCUUUGAUAAUACAUUCAGCACCAUUUCUGAGAAGGUGAUUUUCUUUGAAUUAAUCCUGGAUAAUAUGGGAGAACAGGAGCAAGAACAAGAGGACUGGAAGAAAUAUAUUACUGGGACAGACAUGUUGGACAUGAAACUGGAAGACAUCCUGGAAUCCAUCAACAGUAUCAAGGCCAGACUAAGCAAAAGUGGUCAUAUCCAGACUCUGCUUAGAGCAUUUGAAGCUCGUGAUCGAAACAUACAAGAAAGCAACUUUGAUAGAGUCAAUUUCUGGUCUAUGGUUAACUUAGUGGUAAUGGUGGUAGUGUCAGCAAUUCAGGUUUAUAUGCUAAAGAGUCUAUUUGAAGAUAAGAGGAAAAGUAGAACUUAAAACUUUAGAGUAAUUAACAUUGGGGGAAAAAAAGACAGAAAAAUGCAAUACACUGUUAUAAUCAAGACCAUUAAUAGUCUUUCCAAAAAAUGUUUUCAGGCAUUACCACAAGUGUGAAACAAGUAUAAUUUUAAGGUGAAAGGAGUCUUCACUUUCGUCUGUGCAAGUAAUCUUAUUGCUUCAGUUGUACUUAAGUGUAUAACAAAUAUUUCACAGAGUAUAGGUAUAAUUGAAUGAAGCCAUAUUUAUCAGCAUUUUCCUAAGUUUGAAAAAGUUUUGCAAAUGUCAUAGGUGAUUUAAAUAAAUGAACUUUGGGCCUAAAUGCAACACCAAACAUUGUUUUUAAAAGACUGUCUUACCUAGAAGUUUCUUUGUAAAUGUGGCAAUUACAAAUUA